UUGGUGGAAACCAGCAGGAAGAGAGCUCUGGUGGUGAAAUUUGUCAAGUUCGGACAGAGCAGCCAACUCUACAGACCUACUGCUCCCUCGGUCUGUGCAUCCAGAUCAAUAAAAAUACUGCGUACGCUCCUUUGCGGCCGUAUUUCUGAUUGCGGCAAAAUCCGGACGAAUCUGCGCACGUUUCUGUCGCACUUCAGGAAGACACACUCAGUUCAAGUUAUCCGGAAAUACAGCACAGAGGGCAUUGGUGUGAGGAUGGCUGCGUACAAGCUCGUCCUGAUCCGCCAUGGAGAGAGCUGCUGGAACCAGGAGAACCGUUUCUGCGGCUGGUUCGACGCAGACCUGAGUGAGACCGGGGAGCAGGAGGCGAGGAGAGGAGGACAGGCUCUGAAAGACGCUGGUUAUGAAUUCGAUAUUUGCUACACCUCAGUCCUCAAGAGGGCCAUCCGCACCCUGUGGUUUGUUCUGGACAGCAUCGACCAGAUGUGGCUGCCAGUCAACAGGACCUGGCGUCUCAACGAGCGUCACUACGGUGGCCUGACUGGACUGAACAAAGCUGAGACAGCAGCUAAACACGGAGAGGCACAGGUCAAGAUCUGGAGGCGCUCUUUUGACACUCCUCCCCCUCCCAUGGAAGAGGAGCAUGACUACUACCAGAACAUCAGCAAGGAUCGGCGUUAUUCCGACCUGACAGAGGACCAGCUGCCCAGCUGUGAAAGCCUCAAGGAUACGAUCGCCCGGGCUCUGCCUUUCUGGAACGAAGAGAUUGUUCCUCAGAUCAAAGAGGGAAAGAGGGUGCUGAUUGCUGCCCACGGAAAUAGUCUCAGAGGCAUCGUCAAGCACCUCGAGGGGAUGUCAGAGGAGGCCAUCAUGGAGCUGAACCUGCCCACAGGGAUCCCCAUUGUUUACGAACUGGACAAGAACCUGAAGCCUACAGGCCCCAUGCAGUUCUUGGGAGAUGAGGAGACCGUGAAGAAGGCCAUGGAAGCUGUGGCUGCUCAGGGCAAAGUCAAGAAAUAGACCCCACACACACAAAAACAUACACCUCCCAUCUCCCCUUUAUGGAUGAACCAUGCGCUGUUUAGUUCUCAACUCAUUUCAGGGCCGUUUACUGUUACAGUCAUCACAGGGUUGGGCACACAGACGCACCUUUAUUUUCUUAUUAUGCAGCUCUCACACACACAUAUGGUGUAGCCUUUGAUUUGAACGGUCUUAACUUAGUGACAUUCUGAAACAUUUGUCAUUAAACAACAGUUAUUUGCUGUGUUAUGAUUUUUAGCACUGACCAAAAUGCAAAAUUAGGGACCAGCCAAAAGGGGGCAAACAUAGCGAUUCCAAGUAUUCUUUCCUCUUAAAGAUCUGUGUGUAGGUGAAGCUCUGUGGGAAGAGUAAACCCUAUAAAGUGUAACACUGGCUGUUGUUAAAAGAGUAGGUUGAUAUGCUCUGCACUGCUGAAUUUUGUUUGCUGUGGCAUUGUAAGAAAAUAAAUAAAUAUUGUGAGCUAUAA